AUGGACGACGCAGAGUUAGAACAGUUACGAAAAGCUCGCCUGGAGCAGCUGAAGGCUGAAGCCGGUGGCAGUGGAGGCGGUCCUUCUAGCCAGGAACAACAGCAGCAGCGCCAACAGCAGCAAAAUGACGCUCGUCAACACAUCCUCAACCAGAUCCUCCACCCCGAAGCCGCCGAUCGUCUAGGCCGCAUCCGGCUUGUGAAGGAGGAGCGCGCCGCCGACAUCGAGAACCGACUUAUCACACUUGCGCAAACCGGUCAACUUCGACAGAAGGUCACUGAAGCACAACUCAAGGAGCUUCUCAAUGCUAUGUCGGAGAGCAAGGAGGAGGAGAAGAUUGUUGUGAGCAGACGCAAGGCGUGGGACGAUGAUGACGAUUUGGACCUGUAG